ACUGCGGUAAUAGCCACAGCGGCGGCGGCGGCGGCGGCGGGCGGAGGCUGCAGAUGCCGAGAGAAUGAGCCCGGUAGCGGCAGUGCUGCUGCGGCAGCCGCGAGGCAGCCCCGGGCGCCGGCGGAGCAGGCCCCUCCGAGGACUGCUGCUGCUGCAGCUGCUGCUCCUGGCCCCGCGGUCGGAAGCUUCGGAUCCCCAGGUACCCCUGCUGCUGUGGUCCAGCUCCCCAGGUUUGCGGCCCUCGGUGGAGAACCCGUAUGAAGGCCACAUCUACACCCGCCCUGAGCUUUACGCCUGCCUGGAGCCCAUCCUGGAGCAGGGCCCCCACACUGUACUGAUGAUCCUGCAGGAAAAGCUGAGGCUGGAGGAUUUCACUGCUUUUGGUGAGGUGCUGGGCGACAAGCCGGAGAGCCCCUUCCCCAACCUGCAGGAGGUCUUGGAAAGGGCCCCCACCUCCUUGGUGCUGCCUGCGGUGAGCUGGGCUGCAGCUGCCACCUUGACCUCUUACCUGACCCAGAAGUUGGGGACGGGACCUGUCCAUGUGGACCAGGCAUCCCUAAGGGGGCUGAAGCUGAACACGACCCGCCCUCUACUGCUGCUCGUGUACAUACCCUCGGCUGCCAGCACUGACUUGGGGGCUCACAAGGAAGCCCUCGCCAGCCAAGAUCAGAUCCUGGGGCAGGUGCUGGGCAGGCUCCAGGAAGAAGGAAAACCCUACACGGCCUUGCUCACGGCUCUUCGGCCUUCCAGGGCAGCUCGGGAUUUGUCACUUGUGUCCAGGGGACUAGGGCAGCAGCUCCUGGGGGAGAGCCAAGAGUAUAAAGCCCAGCCGGCCUGGCCACCAGCCCUGCCACCAGUAAGCUACAGUGACACAGAGCCCCGCAUCCUGUUCUGGGCCAGGCACUUCUUGGUGAGCUAUGAGGGCCAGACACAGGACCUCACGUCCCUCACCUUCGGAGCCCCGGAGCUCAACUUGACCGGCUCCAGCUGGAACGACUCCUCCGCCCAGCUGGUAAUGACCUACAACAACCUCUUCGGUCCCUUCUUGAGACUGAGGUUCAGUAUGGUCAAUCACUUCUACCCAGGCUCACACAGGAGCUGGUUCACCAUGGAGGGGGUGGAAAUCAAGACCCACGAUUCGACUGCCUUCUUCAGUGCUGUGCAGGUGGCAGCUCCCAGCACCUACUCCUACCACUGCCAGUAUGUAAGCAGUGACCCCACCAAAUGGGGCCUUCUGAUGCCCCACGAUCUGCGCUCCCCCUGGAGUGUCACUUUCCAGGAUUUCCAGAUCCAAGCCUUCAACCUGUCUGGUGGCAGCUUCUCAGGGGCCAGCGACUGUGCAGCCUUCUUCUCCCCUGCUAUCUGGAUGGGAUUGGUCUCUUCUCUCUUCAUGCUCUUCUGCAUUACCUUUGGGGUACAUAUAAUCUUUAAACUCAAGUCCCUGAAUCGUUUUGAUGAAUACCAAGGGGACCCCCUCUUUGAACCCCUUAUGGACUGAUGCUGUGGCAAGAUUGUAGGUCUAGUCGUGUGUCUAUUGUCCUCAUCCCCCUCGUCCUGGGGGUCCGAAAGGAGCCUCUUCUUUUACUUGGUUCUUCCUUAGUAUCUAGGGCUCCCCCUGUGUGUUAUCCUGCCCAGCGCCUCACCUCUCCCAUCUAAAUUAGCAGGUGUUCCCUCUGCAUUUCUGUGAAAACAAAAAUGAAGGAGACCCUGGCAGUGGGAGUUGCUUUGCUGCCUGCUCAUGGGGAGCACCUGUGCUUAGAUCUAGAGCUGAGCUACAGACCAUCUAUUAUGAGUCCCUCAUUUCACAGGUGAGGAAACAGAGACCCAAAGGAAUUAUGAGAUGGUAUCCCAAGGUCAUAUACCUAGUAAGUGAUAGAGAGAAAUGGGGUGGGAACCCAUGACCUCCAACUCCCAAUUACUAAUAUUUGCACUGCACCAUUUUGACAUUAGUCUGCCUUCCCUUUCCAACCACUGCUCAUAACAAAUAUCCCCCACUGGAAAUCUGGGAGACUAAAGGAAAAUGGAGACCAGAGCUUGGCUCUGAGUCUUGGGAAUACCUGCAUGCAAUGAGUCCUUGCUGGUGUAGAGAAGGUAGAUACCAGUUAAUACCCUCUUCCAAUCCCCACAACCAAAUCUAGGUCCGGUAAGGAUUGUUUUUAUCAGUAUAUAAAGAGAAACUCCUCAUUGGGAGUUCGGGGAAGAGGGGGAAGCUAGAGGAAACACCAGAUCUAUUUAAAUCCCUUUGCCCUCCAUGCUGGCUGCCUGCUCUUAGACAUUGCUCCAAAUAACCCCAAUCAGGAGGUCAUGGUUUCCCUUCCUUGAAGACAGAUAAGUAAAGGCUGGAUUACCACUUGUUGGGUACCGUGUUAGGGAGAUAAUUCUUCAGGACAUAGAUUUAAACAGAUUAUGUCUCUUCCAGCUCAGAUCCUGUGAUAAUAUCAAGAAGAAUUACUGUCUGAAAGCUUGUGAGAGAUUUGCAGGCCUGCUUCUGGCCAUAUGAGACUCAUGAGGACCUUGAAUGAUAGAUGGCUUCUUUCCAUAGGACCUGUAUUUAAUCAAUGUAUGGACUGAUAACAGAGACGGCUAUCCUCCUCUCUUUCCCCCCACCCCCAGCACCUAGUAUAGUGGCUAGUAAAUAGGGAGGGUUUAAUAUAUGUUUUGGGGUUUUUUUUAUUAAAUAAAGAUUCCCUGCUUGUCUGCUGAGCCAUGAGCUCAGGAGACUCAGGUAGACACAAAGGGCUUUCUUAAUUCCUGGCUGUGAAUCACAUAGAGUUGAUUCCAGCAGGCUCCCCAGUGUUGGGCGACAAAAGGGCAAAUGCCCUCUCUCCUUUACCCUCAUCCCAUGCGGUCAUGAUGUGACCGCCCCUUAUGUUUGGUGUGUGUUUUGGUGAGUGAUUGAUUACCCCCUAGUGCAUGUGUCCAGGACUGAGUGUGCGUGUGAAUCCCCCAAAGUCUGAAGAUUAGCAGUGGCUGUUAAUUUUUUCACAAAGCAGGGGCCGCUCAUCAAGUGGGAAGCUUCUGCAUCAGAAAAUAAGGACAAAGAGAAGUGGUCUGGUCCAAUCCUGAAACUUGUUACCAACAAAAGGAGUGCUAAGAAUGGCUGGAAAAUGUGGGCUUCUAUGAAACAUAAGACAUUGGUGUAUCAGUUUAGCACAAAAUACUUUCUGUUCUGUGAAACUUAAAUGUUGGCCUCUUUACUGAAACUAGUUACGAUGUAAAUCUUGUAAUUCCUUUUAAACCUAUUCUGUGACUGUGUGCUGUAAUGCUUUCCUGUUCACCAAUUCUUUCAGAGUAGGAAUAAACUAUUUGUUUCAUA